UCCCUGUCUCCGCUCUGCUAGCAGACACUCAUGUAAUGACGGACAGUUUGCAUAAUCUUUCAACUAAAUAUCUUACCUAAUUUUACGUUGUGUCAGUUUAGGUCAAGGGAUGUUCUGAUGUUUUUUUAAACUGUAGCUAAAGAACGUUUUUAACUGAAUGCGAGUAAAAUGCACGCAGCGUGUUAACAAUUUGUAUUCAAAACCAAAGACGGCCAAAACGUUACACAGAGAUGCCGGAUGAGCUCAUGGAACAUUUGGAAGGGGAAAUAAACUUUCUCUCUGGAAGUGAAUCUCAAAGUCCGUCAAACUGGGACAAAGAUUUGGGAGGUGAGAGAAUUUGUGAGCGGCGACAGAGGAACAGAGAUGCCGCGCGCAAGAGUCGCAAAAAGCAGACAGAGAGGGCAGAUCAGCUUCACGAGGAAUUUCAGGCUCUGGAACAGUCAAACACCGCAUAUCAGAAAGAGAUCGCUGAGCUGAAGAAAGAACUGCAGCAUUACACUAUUCUAUUACAGGACCACGAAGCACAAUGUACACUGCCUUCAGUACCCAGCACGGCAGCCACACCAUGCACUUCUACCUCAGACUUCAUGCAGACCUUCAUUCCAAACCAUAAUCCAGAACCACCAUUCACGCUGAUGUCUACACAGGACCAGAUAGCACAAUUCAGUCUCUCUGAAUUCCUGGACAGAGCUGAAUGGCACUUGGACUUGAUUGACAUUUAAGAUUUUUGCUAUAUAAAAAAGACCUGCUGAAGAAAGAAACAAAUAUUGGACAGCAAAGUAAGAUACUAUAGUAACAGGGAUCUUUAUGUCUCUGUCCUAACCUUCAUAUGGCUUUAAUAUUCAGAUGCUCAUGAAGACCAGACUGGGUCAGGUGCUUUAUCUUGGGGCUGGAAUUAAACUUUACCCAUGAUGAUAGAUCCACAGGAGUAUGGCAAGGCCCCACAUGCUUUGGGACUUACUAUGAAAAAGUAUUUAGCUAACACAUCCACUCACCACUACUGGCUAUUACUGGGCAACUGUAUGCUUUUUUGUACAAGAUGUGAAAAAGGUGACAAUGCAUCUUAUUAACUUUGGCAAUGUUGUCAACCCACCACUACUGAAUGUUGUUUGAAUUGAUCACUAAACCAGAUGCUGCUGAUCUGUAAAUAA